UUCUUUUUCAAACCUUGGAUUCGUGUUUUCUUUCUUAUAUAUACAACAUUUUUGUGGCACAAUCACUCACACACUCACAGAUUCUAAGCUUCAAGUUCAACCAUGGCUGAUGACUUUGAUUUUUCCGAUAAAAUUCCUCCUUCCUUCGAUCGCGUGAAUGCAUCUCAAGGGUUCAACCCAGGCUUAAUAGUUCUCCUGGUUGUUGGUGGGUUGCUAUUGACAUUCCUCAUUGGAAAUUACGCGCUCUACAUUUAUGCACAGAAGACCAUCCCUCCAAGAAAAAAGAAGCCAGUCUCGAAAAAGAAGAUGAAAAAGGAGAGACUGAAGCAAGGCGUCUCCGCACCAGGAGAGUAGAGCUGUUGUACUAAAAUGUUCUAUGUAAUGUGAAUUACCUUGUACUCUUAAAAGAAUUCUCGUUCUGCGGUGUCUUUAGUUAAUUUUCAUGUUUCCAUCUUGUGUGUUACUGAAGAGAGCUUAAAGUUAGUCAGUGUUUUAGCAAUAUAUUUCGUGGUUUAAAUAA